CUUUGACAGUUCACAUUCUGACUGCGAGAUCGACGGGUGUGUGUUUUGCGUUUGCCUCUCGGUUCUUCGCGUGGUUUUUGAUCCUUUGGAUUCAGUGCGUGAUUACACAAUCUACCGGGGGCAUUUACAUGAGAUUUAUAAACGGCCUGUUUUCCUGUAUAUAUCGCUGCAACUAAAUCGCGUUGUUCCGAAACAUCAUCAGUUAACCCGUGCUGCCACCCUCCCAGAGUAUGGAAAUGUCGCUCGAUAAUCUUUCGUCCGCCCAGAAGGAUGAGCUGAUGACUUCGGUCAAGCAGCAAAUCGCCCUGGCCAAUGCCCAGGAAUUGCUGACGAAAAUGACGGAAAAGUGCUUCAAGAAGUGCGUCGGUAAGCCAGGACAAGAGCUGGACAGUUCCGAACAGAAAUGCAUUGCCAUGUGUAUGGAUAGGUUCAUGGACUCGUGGAACCUGGUUUCCCGGACAUACACGCAACGGAUCCAAAAGGAGCAGUACAAAGGAUAAAAGGAAUGUUUCGAAACUGCCCCGGGGGCAAUAAUUAGGACAACGUUUUGUUUGUACACCAAAAUAAAAUAAUACAUUUAAAAAAUACACCUAAAAGAGAGGUACGAUUGAAGAGGCUACUCCAAUAUAAAAUGCUGCGG